AUGGUUAAAAUACUCCAGGCUUAUAAUUUUGCCAAACAAAACACUUUUGCUUUGAAUGGAGAAAUAUUGUCGGCGACACUAAUCGAUUCUAAUCGUAUUGCCAUCAGCAGUGCAGAGCAAUUUAUAGAAAUUUAUGAUAUUGUUGAUAGACAACGUCCAGCUGCAGAAAGUAAAGAUGCAGCUACGACAGCAGAUUGUCCGACAUUCAAUGGAGCUGUCGAUGCAAUACAAACCUCUGGUGCCACAUCCAAUAGCCCACCAACAACAGCUGCUGUAAACAAUGAUGAAAAAUCUCCCAACAAAUAUACAUUGGCCACGGUUGGAGAAGUUGUCAAUUUAAUAUAUUGCGAAUCGGGAAAAUAUUUGCUGACUUUGGAGAAGGAAACUGUGGGCAGUCCAGUACAUGCAACUGCAUCGAGCAUUAGCUGCACUAGCAGCAGUAACAAUGCCACCGUCUUCACCGAAGAUGAUACAAAAAUGUUUGUUCGGAUAUAUGCCAAUUUUUGGAAAUUUCCGGAAUCCAAAUUAAUUGAUUUGCCCAUAACAAUACGGAUUGCUUCGAUGACCACACCAAAGGCUCCACUCGUUAAGAGUAUUGAUGUUAUCGAGCUGCCUCUGCGCAGCCCACCUGAUUUAAUUCAAUGUUGUCAGACAUCUGGAAAUAUAAUCGUUAGUAGCAAGGAUCGUAUUUAUCUCUAUGAAUACACUCAAUGUGUACACGAAAGUACACAACCUCGCUUCAAGUAUAUCGACUUUUUGCCUUUUAAAUUUUUCGUCAAUCUCAAUUUUGUACCACUUAAAUUGAGUUUGGCCGAAAAUGUAAUAGCCUGCAUGAAUAGUCGUUAUUGUGUGGCAUUUCGGGUUAUCGAUGUGCUAGCAAGUAAUGCAUGUACAACUGGAGAGGGUGGUGCUAUGUUAUACGGUGAAGAUUACGAUGCUAUGGAAAAUAAUGUAGAAAUCGAUGGCGAGGAGAUUGCAUUAAAUUCUGAGUCCAGUCUGAACAGUAAGACUAGUGCUGGUCCUUCAUCACAUAGUCACAAUAGUUUCGAAACAGAUUCAUUGGAAACUACGGCAAGCGGUCGACCAUUAAAUGGUUAUCCGGGUCGAACUCCGAUAGACUUUAAUGUGGCGCGAAUAGUGAAUUCGGCUUGUGGAAGGGAAUUUGAGGUUGAUAUACGGUCACAGUGGGAACAAAGUGAUGCGGAUGGCAACAGUAUCAAAACAAACAUACCGUGUGAUACCCAGGAAAUAAUUAUAGGUCCCACCAAGGCCAAUGAAAUAAAAAUCAAACUUGUCAAUGAAGCCAAGGCAAUGAAUGUCCAGCGCAUUUCGAGUAACGGCAAAAUUGUUUCGGCCUACAGUGAAGAAAGUGCUGUACAAUAUGAUAUUCGUAAGUUGUUGCAAAUUUGCAUGAAGACAUCUGAGCCAGGCGGUGGACGAGUAGUAGAUAUAUUGCGCUGCAUGGAUUUAAAGGCCAUAUAUCAACGUUCCGAUAACGAAUCAGAUGAAAUCGAUGAUCCCGAAUAUGAUAUGGGUAAUCAACAGGUUCCGGGUGCCAUAUCAACAUCUAAACAUAUUAAUCGGCGAACACUGAAGUCCCCGCGUCAUCAAAGCUGCAUUGGUUUUGCAUUGCUGGUGGCCAGUAGUGUCGAUGGUUAUCUGUAUCAGUUUUGUGCUCAGGGCAAGUGGUACAAUGAAAAUGAGAAACCCAUAGCCACAUACUCAUUCACAGCACCUGUACUACAAGUUCACAUUAACGAUUAUGUCAUCUAUGCCAUUACUACGGAAUCAGUGGAGACACACACAUCUCGAAUUGGCCACAAGUUGUUUAACAACCGCUUUGAGUAUCCCUCUCUAGCUGAACUGUUCCCGGAGGAGUCUAGUCCCGAUGUAAAUGCCCCAAUUGCUGUCAUCGGUUUAUCGUCGUUCAUGCACGUUCAAUAUGUCUGUGUCAAUCGCAAUAAUGUGGUGUUAAUCAGCAAUGGGGCCUUGGCAUCGAAUGCAAGCGAAACUGCAGCAAAGCGUAGGAGUACUGGCGAAGGAAAGAAAAAUAUAGCUGCUCGUAUUAUUGCCGAGGCAAAGGCCAAACAUAGCCUUUUGCGAAAUAGUUACACUAAUCAGAGCUCGGUAACAAAUGAAUGGACUUUGUAUAAUUUGGAAGUGCCUGCUGUGGAACAAGUUGUUCUGGACCUGGAGGUUAUCGCGGAAACAUAUCGUUCUGCUAGUAGCUCCAACUUUUAUGAUCUUAUGGAAGAGGCCCAUGCUAUGCUGCGAAUGAGUAUCUCGUUGCAGUUCGAUAGGUUGAGCGAAGAAAGAGAAGCUCUGCUGCGUGGCAAGUUCAUGGAGAAUUGCCGUAAGCUGGCUGAUUUUUCCAUUAGAUCCAAGAAAAAAGAAAUUUACAUGCAAGCAUCGGGAUUUUAUAAAAUGUGCAACCUGACCCUAUCUGAAAUCUAUGGCAACUAUAUAAAUAAUUUCCUCUAUAUGGACGAGGAGAAUGGUGAGGUAAUGAUAUCACCAGUUACCCCUGGCGAUGACUCAUCGUCGACAAUUGAACCCCAGCAAUUGGCGGGACUUAUAUACACAGUGAAAUUGUUUUUGUUGAGUUUGGGUACCAGUCGUUUGAAUGCCUCAUUUCUAAAUCAACUGGUGAAACCAUUCUUUACACCCAGCCGUGUUGUAAAGCAGGGCUUUAGUCAUGUCCCCCUAUCCUUGGAAUUUCUAAAUCUCUUUAUAAAAUAUUCACCAAACGAUAUAGCGCAAAUUAUGUUAAGUUCUCCUGUUGUGGCUGAUUCCAUUAGUGGUGAAAUUAUAAAUUAUUUGAAGUUUUUAGAUCAUUUGAGCGCUGAAGACAAUUUAUUGUUUGCUGUAACCGCAGCACGCAUGUCUAAUUAUAUCCUGUCACAAGAGGUUAUUUCACGUACAAAUCGACAUGAUUUAGCUGUAGCUCUAAUGAAAUAUAAAAAUGCACUGUUCGAUGACACCACCACAUUGUACCAAAAACACAAACGCAACAAAGCUAGUGAUUACAAUUAUAAUUCUCCAAAGCGCUAUCAGCAGCAGCCGCAGACGAACCUGAAACACGCAAAACAAAAGACCUCACAAAAUUCCAGUAAUGGACAACAGACAAAUGAAGUGAUCCUGUUCUCUGAUUUCACCGAAACAAUUCUUUUGGCUACUGAAAAAGCCGAACUAAUUGAAGCGAUAAGUGAUGUAUUUAUUCAUGCCUUGUGUGUGGAGCACAGCAUAACAUUGGAUGUGAUUCUGACGUUGUUCUUGAAUUACAUUGCCUCGCAUAUUGGACAGAAGGGAUACCAAACCUCGCAAAAAGUGUUUGUCAAUAUAUUACAGGUCUAUUACUAUGAUAUGUUUGAUGUUAAUCCAUUGAAUACCACACAAGAUGGCCCAAGUAAUAAUACACCUCCGCAAACGGAUGACGAGUAUGACGAUGGCUUUUCAAAGCCCAACAGUGAUCGUGACAGUGAAUCAUUGGCUAAUUCGAUUGGAGAAAGUAAUUCGGCUGCCAGCUCCUCCUUAGACGAUAGACGUAUAUCGGGACAAUGUAAUCGUAUUGUGUAUGACCAAUUGCAGGAGCAACAAUCGCCGUUUAAACGUAAUUCAAAUGCCUCGCUUCUCAACACCGAAGACCAGUACAAUGAUGCCGAAAUGAACAGCAAAGGUCUUAAAAUAUUAUUUCGCAUGUAUAUGGGGCGUUUAAAAGCGCUCAGUGACUUGAUAACUGACCUACAGUCGGCCGAUUUGGAACAACAGUCCAUAAAUGAGGAGUUUAUAAGUCUGCGCAUGGAGUGUAUUGCAUUUAUGGCACGUCAUUUACAAGAAAUGAAAAUUCAACAGCAGCAGCAGCAUUUAAAUAAAUCGAAUGUAUUGUACCAUGGCAAAGCAGCCGCAAUAAACGGUGCCAUUGAGUCGAAGUCUAUUUGUGUACCGCUCUUGCCGGAUUAUAAAUUAAAUGGAGAGGAAUUUGAUCGUCACAUAAAAUCAUAUGUCCGGCCAAUUCCUUGCCUUCUGGAGCGGCCACAAUAUCUGAAUCGUUUGCCGCCAUUUAGACGUGGAGAUUUCAGCUAUCCGAAUAUAGAUGAAGGUGAAACCGAAGUACGUUUUGUGGGAUGGCACAAUGAGCUGUUGACAUUAACGUUAAAGAUACAGUCUUUGCUGGCUUCGCCAAAAAUCGAACAGGAUGUCAUCGAAGAAUUUAUUGCAUUCGUACAAAAAACACCCAAUCUUAUGGGUAUUGACAGUUUUUUGGUAAUAAUAUUGCCCAAACAUUUAGCCAUCAACUAUAUGUUACAUUUCUGCCCCGAAUAUUUAUGGCAAUAUGGAAAGUCUAACAAUUUCACGCCAAAACAAUGGGAAUCUCUAUUCAAGAAAAUUCUAGCUAAAAAGAAUUUCUUACCAAAUUGGAAAACAUAUGUAACAGAAAUUCUUAACAAUUUAGUUGCUGAUUGUAAUUUUGAGGAAUUGCUACAAUGUUUCCCCAGUGAAGUGAUACCAAGUCGCAAUGUUGAAUUAUGGAACAAAGAGUUUACUACGGAAUGUAUUACCUCCAUUGAUACCAACAAUGGCGGUCUCAUAUUUGAAGAGAUAAACGACAACGUACUUAAACGGGAUCACAUGCCAAUGGAUAAUGUAGACGAAAAUAAUGUUUUUGAGGUGAUACUACGCAAAGCCGUGUCCAAGCAACGAAGCAUUGCAUUGCGAUCGAUGAUUGAGUCAACUGGAAAACAAUUAUUUGAUGCUACCAGUAAUCCCAUGUAUAAUCUCUAGAGA